AAUACACAACUGCGCUUAAAGACGGGAACUUGUAACAAGUUUUUAAGCAGUGAAGUGGGACAUAAAAAAUCGCGAAACACAAAUUAUAUGUCAGAACUUCCUAUACAUUUACCUGACUAUAAUUAAAAAAUGCAUUUAUCCAAUUUAGAAACAGAAUUACAAUAGAUGUGUUUUCCUUCACAUGAAAAGGAAGUGAUAUAUUAGUUAUACCUACCUCAAACCUCAAUUAUUAUAUAAAGCGUAAAAAUCUAACAUUUUCAAUUGCUCAUUAUUUACACAGAUAAUCUUGCAAAAAUGUGAUUAAUCAAUACAGGAAUGAUUAUCCAAAAAAUCAACACAAUUCGCAGUUGCCUAAUUUUACCAACAAUCAUGUCUGUGAGAAAACAAGGACUAGGUUUAGCAAUUAUUGCAAUCAUCGAUUUAAUGAGUUUUUGUUCGAUAAAUGUUUUGUCCCUUUUUCUCUCCAAAGAGAUGACUCAAAAAGGUGCUUAUUUGUACAUCUUUGAACUUCCUAUAAAGUUCACAGUACUGGUCACCAUCACGUCUUCGCUGUUUUUGGGCCUAAUUGUUCCGAAAUAUAAUCAAAAGGAUUUGUUUGUUGGGGCUGUCGUGCUUUCUAGGACAGGAUCUAUACUCUUUGGUGUUUUGUAUUAUUAUGUUACGGAUGAAACAUUUUUUACAUGUUUGGCUUACAUUCUGCGAGGAAUCGAAGCAGCAGGAGCUUGUGCUUAUUUCAUUUCAGGAUAUGUUCUCAUUUUUAGAACUUUUUUCGAACAUGCUGGAAUAAUUCGAGGCUCUUUAGAAUGUGCAGUGGAAAUCGGGACAACAAUCGGACCACCUGUAGGAGACUUAUUUUUUACUUUUAAGGGGACUGGACUUCCGUUUUAUUUUGUAGGAAGUUCUACAAUUUUCCUAGCCUUUGUGGGACGAUAUGUUUUGGAAGAAGUAGGGAAAAAUACUUCAAAGCAGUACAAGUCUUUCAGCCAUUUUAUGCAAACUCCUGCAAUUCUUGUCACUUCUUGUGUCGUGUUAACAGUUUCCCUGACGACUAGUGCAUUGGAUCCAUCCUUGGGGGAAUAUUUAACAAAUUUACUCCCGUUUCGACAAAGUGGCUAUGCUUAUCUUUUUAUGUCAGCAGCUUUUGCAUUUUCAACUCCUGCUUGGAACUGUUUGACCGAAAAACUGACAAAAUUUGAAUGGAUUAUGCCUGUAGGGCUUUACUUAACUGGACUCGCAAUAAUUUUGUUGGAAUUACAUUUAGUUCGUAAUAAAUUUGAUGAAUAUUUCAAGUUGAUAAAUGUGUGCAUGUUGGGUGUGUGUAUGGCCAUGUCUUUAGUCCCAACGUUUCGAAGUUUUACUACUGCAGCUUUGUAACGAGAAUGGAUACGAAAACAAUGUGACAACGCACAGUUUCGUUAUCGCAACUUGGACAUUUAUGUUUUCUUUGGGCGAAAUUUUGGGACCGACUAUAGGAAUUCUCCUUUAUAGAAAAUACGAUUUUU